CAGCCAAUGAAGCAACAGAUAUAACACCAUCUGACAAGACUGAAGCAGGAAGGUUCCAGUACCAUCACUUCUGUUCCAGUACUGGCACUUCAGGAGAUUAAAGUAGACAAUACUUAUCAGCCCAAAGCUGUUGUUGUGGAGAACAUUCCAGAAAACAUGUCAAGUGACCUAGGCCUACUUGGUUUGGUUGUGGAGAAUAUCAGUGGUGUUUCUGAGGAAGACUACAAUAUGGAACUGAUCAAUGAGUCCUGUGUUGCUGUCGUAACAUUCAGCCACCACAAUGAUGUGGAGAAUUUUUUGAAUGAAGCCAGGAUCAGCAAAAAAUUCAAGCAGUACAAUCUGAGUGCCCAGGUCCUAGAAAGUACCUGCAGUUUGAGGAUGGAAGGUCUACCACCUCAGGCCAACAGAGACGUCCUGGAUGUUUACUAUGAAACACUAAGAGUUGAAGCAAAAAGUAUUAGUAUGAUACCAGAGGAAAAUGCUGCGGUUGUCACAUUCUUCAAGCCAGAGGAUUUUGUGGACAUGUUACACAGAAAGCACAGCAUCUGUAAAGUUGAAGUCUACAUGUACCCAUAUUAUGAGUCACUAGGCACAGCACUGUAUGGUAAAGACAGACCAAGAUGGACGACUCCCAGACCAUUUAUGAACAAGGGAACUGAAAAACCACCUUCAGAGAAAAGAUGUACAGCUGUUGUUGUGGAGAACAUCCCAGAAGAGAUGACCAGAAACCUUCUGGGACAGUUGAGAGCAUCAGUGGUGUUUCUGAGGAAGAAUACACUAUGGAGCUGAUCUACGAGUCCUGUGUUGCUGUCGUAACAUUCAGACACCCUAAAGGUAUUUGUUUGUUAUAUUUUGGUGUUUAAAAUGUUCUCGAGCACAAUAGAUCAAGAUAUAAUCUCCUUCAUAUUACUAGUCAAA